CUGUUUCAUUCUACUUUGUCCCAAGUGAAGCAAAGGAGCGUGCUUGCCCCACACAUCUCUCAUUCUGUCUCUUUGAGCCCACUUUUGUAUAAGAGUAAGCAAACACAAGAGAGCUUGGCAAGAAUCUGUGGAGAAUGGAUAUGGAAGGGAAUGUUGUGAAAUCAAGAUUCAAGAGGGUAUGUGUGUUUUGUGGAAGCAGUACUGGGAAGAGGAAAUGUUAUAGAGAUGCUGCUGUUGAAUUAGCCCAAGAACUGGUGGCAAGGAGAUUGGACCUUGUUUAUGGAGGAGGGAGUAUUGGGUUGAUGGGUUUGGUUUCACAAGCUGUUCACCGUGCUGGAAGGAAUGUUCUUGGGAUCAUUCCUAGAACUCUGAUGAGCAAAGAGAUAACUGGUGAAACGGUUGGGGAAGUAAGGCCAGUAGCCGACAUGCACCAAAGGAAGGCAGAAAUGGCCCGCCACUCUGAUUGUUUUAUUGCCCUACCAGGUGGGUAUGGAACUUUGGAGGAGUUAUUGGAAGUGAUAACUUGGGCUCAGCUGGGAAUCCAUGACAAGCCUGUGGGUUUGCUAAAUGUUGAUGGCUAUUAUAACUAUCUACUGACUUUCAUCGACAAAGCCGUAGAUGAUGGCUUUAUCAAACCUUCCCAACGCCACAUCAUUGUCUCUGCACCAAAUGCCAAAGAACUGGUCCAGAAGCUUGAGGAGUACGUGCCUGUGCAUGAUGGAGUCAUAGCCAAGGCAAGUUGGGAGGUUGAGCAGCAGCAACAAACCCUGCAACAGGUGGGGUUCAAUGCUACUACUUUGCAGACUGAGAUCGCUCUAUAAAGGAGAGACGAAAAUGGAAUAAGAUAGGAAAAAGUAGGGAAAAAGUUGUUUUAGGCUCUUAGCUUUUUAUUUUGAUUUUUGGGUCAUAUACCAACCAUUCCAUAAUGGUCUGGUAAAGGUUUGAAUGACAAGAAGAUAAAGAGAAGACAAUGACAAAAGUGGGUCUUUUUUGGUAUUAAGAGAUCGGAGCUAAAAGCUCAUUUACUUGGGCAUUCAAGCUUAGUAUUUUGGUAUCUUGAACUAUGUACAAAAAUUAUAGAAUGAACAAGAAGCAAAAUCCAAAAAGUAGCAGCUUUAUUAUGUA